AUGAAUCCAUCUGUUAUCACGGGAGAUCAUUUACGACCUGACCUUCUGCUGGUGACUGAAAACAGAUGUCUAUACAUCCUCGAGCUUACAGUCGGUUAUGAAUCCAAUCUGCUAGUUAACGCCAAUCGUAAGCGUCAAAAGUACAGUGAUCUAAUCAAUGAGCAGGAAGCAGAUUAUGAUAAAGUCAAGUUCGUCAAUUUAUCCUUGAGUACCCUCGGAGGUUUUGGCCGAUCUUGUGAAAAUUUCGAUGGCAUGCUAAGUAGCCUUAAAUGUGAUGCCAAGUAUAGUAAAUACAUAAAAAAGCAAAUC